CACCAAACCUCGCAGUUCACGAAAUUAUUCAUCCCAGGUUACAAUAACCGCGCUUCUUCGUGCGUCGGCAAUAAGCUUAUGCAAGAUGUCUAUCUUAAGCCUGCCUCUGGAAAUCUUGACUUGCAUUUGUGAGCAUCUAGAACCUCAAGAGUGGGGUGCGCUCAGGAUUACAUGCCACCAAAUAUAUGCCAAUACACUGGAAGCCUAUGCGACGCGCUACUUCAAAAGUCUCUCACUUCUUCUCACUCGUGAUAGCCUUGACCAUCUGGAGGAGGUUGCAGCCAGUGAAGCUCUUCGGGAUUGGGUUGAAGAAAUUUGGAUCAUUCCCAAUUUGUUUGAGGGUUGGCCACGAAGGGAUAAGGAGAAUUUCAAAAGUUUGGGUUUGUCAAUGAGGAGACAGAGAAAAGUUCUUAGAAUGAUGCGUGGUGAAAAGGAGGAUCCAACAUCCACCAAUGCUGAGGCCGAGCUUGACGCUCUGUUUGCUGCUUACGAAGGUACAUUAGCAGAGCACCGUGCUAUCCUUGACUCGGAACUUCAUGAGGUACUGGAGAAAUGCCUCCCACGUCUCAAAAACGUCACCAUGAUCGCAUUACGCUCUUACCCCAUUGAAUACCUCCUGUUGAAAGCAAAUUAUCGUUCAUUUCGCUGCCUUGGCUUACGGGAAUUGAAGAAGUUCAACAGCGGUGAUGUACUUGGUCAUUUAACAUUCGCAAGUUUUCGCAAGGAUAUGUUGUCCACGCCUUUGGGUUUGGCAAUCUCACAGUUGUUUCAAGCCAUAAUCAAAUCCAAUCGAAAGAUCCGAUCCCUCCAUACGUGCGGCAAUUACGCUUGCGGGGUGAAUUUGGGGUCCUUGGAAUUGCCAGAGUCAAGGUAUAGAUUACUAUUGCCACUAUUGAGCGAUCUGACGGCUCUGCAUAUGUGUAUCCGCAUUAAGGACCACGAACAAGAUAAAUUCGAAGAAGAGACCUUCAAACGUCUCCUCAAUAUUCUGGUCACAGUUGCACCUAAAUUGAAGAUACUGGCAUUUGCCCAAUGGAACCCCUGGGAAGAAUUAUCCCCAUUGUACUUUGAGGAUCUCUCCGGGAAGAUCCGCUUUUCGCAGCUGGAGGAAAUCCAUCUCCACUCGAUUGAGGUGACCGUGGAUACGCUCAGGCAAUUUCUUCAGACAGCAGCACCGACGUUGAAGCGGCUGAGUAUGGAUAUGAUCAGCUUGACGGAUGCGAUAAUCGCAGCACGAGAUCCAGGCCCAAUCACUGAAGAGAGAAGUAGUUGGGGCUCUUCAUUUUCCAUUGAAGUGGUAAAUGAGAUAAAGACUCUCUGGAUGCAGAGCUUUCAGUUUUUGGCAGAUGACCUAGAGUUGCAAUUUGUCCAGUUGUCUAAACUCGGUUACCGUGGGAGACAGAUAAAGUUGCAGGAUGACUUAUAUAUGGAACGUGGGCAGCCGGAUGCACAACCGGAUUCAUGUGCACAGCCUUCUAUCGAUCCGCACGAUAUUUAUUCUGAUCCAACGGGUGGCCAACUGAUAGCUUUCUAUUUUGAUGCCGAGAAGGCGAGUAUACCGCUCAAGCAAUGGAUCAUGCAGCUUCAAAUGGAGAUGUGCAAUCCUUUGAGCCGUGCACCUUGCCGACUCCCAGGCACCAGCGGUAUGAGCUUCAACCGGGAGGGGAUAAGGUCCCUUAUCAUGUACCCACCUGGACCUGUGCCAGUGGAGGACCCUGGAAGACGAUUGGCGAUAUUAGAGUCCUAG